ACGCUUUUGGUUAUUAAUAAUAACAGCAAACAUGACGCGACUCUCUUGACUGGAAGUGUAGUUAUAGCAAAAAAUAGUAAAACAAAAAAAAACUGAUCGCAUAAUUCAAGGUCGCCCAUGUGAAGUAAUAAAGAAAAUCAACAGGUGGAAGUGAAGUGAAAUUCGCAGUGCUAAAGUGUCAAAUCAAGUGCCCCAAAAAAUACAACGAGCACUUGAGAAUUUCUAUUUAAUUACGCCCGACACGGGCACAAACAUAUGUGCUCACCGAUAAGAUAAGCCAAAGUCUAGAUAGAAGGGCAAAUACAUAAGUAAGAAGAGGACCUUACCACAAAACUCCUCUUUACGUAAGAUGCCAUGGGCAAGUGUGUCUCCCGGCAGUCGCCUCCGCUCCACGAACUCGUGUCCCCAGCCGCGGAGCAUCAUCAAUCUGUAUUGACAAUCGCACUGUCGCACGAAGAUUUGGCCCAGGCCCACAAAAUCUGGCAACAGUUGACAGGGAGUAAUGAAUACAUAGCAGCAGGCAGCACAUCAUCCCGGCAGGAGGAACCCUUUUAUUACACCAUAAGCCGACGGAAACAACCGGAGCAGGCCGUGUUGCACAUCGAAUCCCUUUACAAUGAUGCCCCAACGGAACCACUGACAUCAGCCAGCGAACCGGAGUACUCCACUUGCCAGGAAUUCCUGCUGCACGAACUGCUGCUGCAGGCCAUCGAAAGCGCCGAGGAGCAGACAUCCACCAACCACAUCCUGAACCAAGCCAGAAUCAGGCCAGCACCUCAAUUACCAGUCGGGAACAACGGCUGGCUGGCGGGCCAGGCGGAGAGCAAGAAGCAGGGCAGCAAGUCGAGUCGCCGCCACCACAAUGGCAACGGAAAUAGUAAUGGCAACCCCUCGGAGGUGCUGGAGCAAACGGUGCACACCAAAGGCACCGCCAUGUCCUUUGGCUUCCGCAAAAAGCUCAAUGGGACGCCCAAGAAGUUCAAGAAACUCCUGGAAGGCGGCGACAAAAACGCAACAUGCACAGACACAAAGGACGACAAUGGGAAUGCAGCUGCUGCUCCCGUUCACUUUGAGAAAGUAGGCGCCGCCGCUGCCCAGAAGAAUGGCACUUUGGUGGCAGGUGCGGCCGGGGCACGUUUCGGCUAUCGUGGGGCGGUGCCACGCCCCGCUUCCGCGGGCUUAACUGCGCCCAGCGAGGAAUCCGAAUCGGAAUCGACGGCCAAUGCCCAGAACAACAACAAUAACAACAGUCGCGGAGCGGGAAGCGGUCCGGUGUUGGUGAGCAAUUUGAAACGCCGCUCCAAGAGCGCACACGCCGGACGAUCCGGCGAUGGUGAGCCCAAAAUAGCCCAGCCCAAGACGCUGACGUUCAACCUGAACCAGAACACCACCAUCGAGUACCAGCGGCGGCAGUUCUUCGGCGAGAUAGCGGACGAAACGUUGGGUUCGGCAUCGGGAUCCGAAUCUGGGUCGGGAUCGAGAGCAACGCAGCCGCGCUAUAACUACAGCAAUCUGGCCAGCAUGCACGCCAAUGUCAUAGUUCGCCCCACACCGCGACCCACUCCGGCCAGCUUUGCCAAGUUCACUUUGCAGACAGUGAGCCUGCCCAGGCCGGAGUACCCGGUGGCCAUCAGUCUGACGGCCACGACACCGACCACGCCCAGCAGCAGUGUCCAGUCGCCGGUGCCCGCCCACUCCACGGGAGCUCGGGCCAAGGACAUCUCCACUAGUUCACGGCAGCAUCCCUUGACCUCAGUGCAUGUCCAGCCACAAACACGACAUCUUGACCAGAAGAGCGUGAAGCAGCUGACGAAUAACUCCACGCGUCGAGGAUUCUCCGGCAGUCGGGAGAUUAGUGCGGAUUCGGGGAUAGCCAGCAUGGACAUGGCGCUGGACAGCAGUUCGGGCAGCUCGGUGGGUUCCAAGAGGAGUCGCAGCAGGCCCAGGAACCUCAAGAUGGUGAUGAGUGGACGGCACACUUUCGAGGUGCGCGAUGCCGAUGAUCCGCCCUCCAGUGAGUCCAACUCCUUUGUGGAACCACUGGCACUUCCGAAACUACCCACUGAUGGGAGUCAGAGUAUUCCCCUACCACUACUGGGCUUGGUGCGAUCCAAUACGGUGUUGAGUCGGGAGAGUUACGAACGACGUCAGGCGGAAACACCGGGAUCCCAUGAUCAGCAGGAUCAGGAAGCGGAAAAACCCAAGACAAGUGGCUCCGAUGAGAGCGAGAGUGUGGACGAGGAGAAGCUUUACUUGGACUCGUCCACCUCCGAGAAGAGUGCCAAACACCAGAGCCAAUCCUCGGUGGCCUCCACUUGGCGUCUGCAGGCGGGCGAAUCCCUGGCCGCCCAGGAUUGCAGCAGCAUGAGCAUGAGCAUCAGUAGCGAUAUCCAGGCACCGGAGAAUCCCAGAGAUAUUGACAAGGAGGAGGACAUGUCCUUGGGUCUGGACGAGAUGAGUCUGGUCAACACCGACAUGCAGUUUAGCACAAUAUCUUCGAUGACGGAAACUCCACCCAAACUGGGCCAGGAGACCCUGCUCAAUCUUCAUCUGGUGGACAAUCGUGAGGCGGGCACCUCUCGUCCCCGCUCCUUUAACAAUGCCCUCAACGAAUCCAAGUUUGCCGAGUUGGCUCUGGCCAGUAGUAGUUGCCUCCUGUUGGAUGAUGAGACUUCACCCACUGACAGUUUGGUUAGCAGCACCGAGGAUUCCGAGGAGGCGGGUGGCAAGCUGCAGAAGCACAAGUUGAACGAGGAGCGGCAGCAGAAGGACAUUGAUGACAUAGAUUUGGAUGAUAUUUCCCCGGUUCUCGAACUGGAUUUGGAUCCUCCGGGCAGCCGAAGUCCCAUUUCACCUGGCACCCCCACUCACGCCUCACAUUCCCUUUCGUUGGGUUCGGAUUGCGGAAAUCUAAUAGAUGAUGAGAUCGCCGAUCAGCCAGCUUUGCUGUGUAACAGUGAAGCCCACGAGGUGGCCACGGAUACACCCACUUUGAUGGAAACGCUCACCCACACCCAAACAGGAUCGCUGCGAUCCUUGAAGAGCCAGUCGAAGGCUCGCACCGCUUUGCAACAGGCCAUCGAGUUGAGUUUAAGGACUCCGGCGGCGGUGCGAAAGGCAGUGAUGGAUCGGGCUGAAUCUCUGGAUACUCUAUCGCCCUGCGAGUCCAUCUGCUCCGACGACCUGAUGAUGGAUUUCGAUAUGAACAGCAGUGUGGACUCCAUUGAUCACAUGGCAAAUGCCACGGGACGCAGUCGCAGUGGCUCCGAUCUUCACAGGAUUGGCACUAGAGGUCAGGAUAUGGAUCCCAUGCAGGCGGAGACCGAGGCGGAACUCCUUUCGGAGUUGGAGCGCAAGGGCAGCGAUGUGAUGAAGGAGCUCAAUACACUAUUGCGAGGAAGGAGGCAGCGCGGAGGUCCAAGGGAGAGAAUUAGCGCCCAGCUGCCCGCCCGUGCCACCAGAUUGCUGAACCGGUCGCGUCUCCAGGAUCAACAGCUCACCGGAAACGAUUCGGAUAACAGUUUAAGGUCCACCCACAGCGGUGGAGCUUCGGCGGCCGUUGCCGCCCGGAAGAGAAGCACGGCCAACUCCAGGACAUCGUCCGGCUCCACGGCCAGUCUGCCCCGCCAGCGGCACCUGCAGCAGCAGCACCUGGGAUUGGGCGGCGGAGCUGGUGGAGGAGCAACUGCAUCAUCUGGUCACAGGUGCGGCGGCGAGCUGCACAGCUCCUCGGACGAUCUGAUGUUGUAUGACAAGUCCUUCCGCAAUGCCAUGAUCCAGGAUGUGCUGCAGUUCAAGAAGCAGCUGCUCCGACUGCGACGCAUACUCCAGGAGGAGCCAGAUUUUGAUUUCAAGCGGACGGAAACGCUCAAUCCAUUCGAGAACGACAACGUCCAGCUGUUCGCCGCCUGCGGAUUGGAUAGCAAGCAGCUGAAUGACAUCGAUCUGGCCAGCCUCACCUCGUCCACGACGGAGGACCCGCUCCAGGAACUAUCGGAUCUACGUAGACAGGUGGUUUACCUUCAGGGUCAAGUGGACGAUCGUGAUCGCACCAUCCGCCUGCAGCGCGAUCUCAUCGAGCAACUAGAGGCCGAGAAGCGGCAGAAGGCGUCUACCAAUGGCGGUGGGGAUCCGGGCAAGGAGCUCAUCAGCAUGGCCACCCAAACGGAGCGGACACGACCACUUGCCAUUGGUGCGGAGGGUUUGUCCAGAAGUAAGCCCGAAUAUACCAGUUAUACCACGCACUUUCCGACGCUCCACUUGCACGAUUCCACGCUGGCAGCCACCACGAUAAUCCGCCACCACCAGAGCAACCACAAUCAGCAGCAGCAGCAGGAGAAAUCCUGUCCAGGUCUCAGCCAGACCCGCCGGCACACGAUAAUCUCCACCACGCUGACCAACUAUAAUCAGCAGCUGGCGGCCGCUUUUCCGGAUACCCCAAGACGCUCCUCCAUCGGAUGGGAUACGCCGACUUCGAUGACCACGCCCAAUGGCAACGCCUACAAGCCAGUGAGGAUUACGCUGAUCGGUGAGGCGCUGCCCUUGCAAAAUAAGUCAUCAACCGGAUCGCUAUCAUCGUCAUCGUCAUCGUCCUCCUCAUCUUCAACAUCUUCGCUAACCCAAAAUCCAAACGUGGUCAAAAUGCGAUAUCCCAAUGGCUGUCAGAGUGUUAAGAACGGGUCAAGUGCGCAUUAUCAGCCGUUGUACAACAGCAACAAGAUGACAAACCCAACCGUAACUAUAGUCUGAUUUAGAAACCAGUUUUCAGUUUUGAAUCCAUCUAAUUUGCCUACGCAAGUCUUCUGGGAAAAACGCUCUAAAAACAGAAUCAAUAAUUGUGAAAAAUAGACCUAGUACAAGAUCUUAAUUAAUGUUAGCGUCUUACGUAUAUUUGCAUCUUAGCCAAGAGCUCUUGAAAAGCAGUUUAGUAAAAUAUUUGCUUGUAAGGAAUGUACUUUAAAUAUCUCCAUACAUGUAUAUCCAUUGCUUCAAUAUAAAAUUAAAAUAAAUUUAACCGUCUUUUUUCUGGCUUAGUUUUGGCUUCCAGAUGAUAUUUUAUUAGCCAGAUAUAUAAUAUCGCCAAUCUGAGCAUUUUCAAGAGCCUCCAAACGAAAUACCCAUAAGCACCAAAUCUAUAAAGUGUGCAUUGAAUGGUAUAUACUCCUUUAUAUGUAAAAUCUAUAAUAGAUCAUAGAAUAUUUUUGAUUGUUACUUGUUUUCGCCUAAGUUUUAGUCUAAGUUAGUGAGUUUUUCUUGGUUUAGUUUUCCUGAAAUUUUGUAUAAUAUGAGCUAUGAUAAAUGUCUAAGCCACUCGCUGAAUGAGGAAUCAAUAAUGGCAAAACAUAAUAUUUUUUCUCCAAGAGCACAAUAAUCGUCAAGUAAAUAACCAAUAUUAUAUAACUUAUACUGUAUGUAAACCACUAUUAAAGAGUUAUAGAAAGUACCUAUCAAUAGAGAAAGAUAAA